AAUACCGGAUUGCAGUCAUUCUUGUCUUUCCUCUUUACUUCUAUCAUUGACUUCCAGCUUCAUAACUUGCUCCAGCAAACCUUCAAAGAGCAAGAGAGUCAAGAAUAGCAGCUUCGACAAUCGGACCGGAAGACAAGACGCCACUUGGACGCUCCCCUCUUCCCUUACCCGCUUUUGACGCCAAUUUGUGCGCAACAGGAAGAUUGGGAUUAUCGUUGUUGACAUAUUGUGUGAAGGUCCUCUUGAAGAGCUGAAAGCACCCAAGUUCAAGUCGACAUCCUUUACAUUACGCGCUUGUGUGCAGCGUGCCGCUUCUCUUCACACCUCAUCCCUGCCCUGACCCACUGCGUUCCUCGUUCCUUCUAUUCAGACUACAGAGUCGAAUUGUUUCCCAUAUAGGUGGCAGCUUGGCCAGGGAGACAGCUUCCCUCAUUAUCAUCGCCUUUGUGCAUUUAAAACCCGAAUAUACUUGGUAAUCGGUCGGAACUUCGCACAACCUGUGCUCUACCUUUCUGCACGGAUUCCGAAGGUAUUACUCCCUUCUGUCCUUCCGCUUAGGAAACACAGGGUGCCUGCAUCCGAAAGGCAAAUUGGCUCAUAGAAACCUUGGGAAAAGCCGGGUGAAGGUGAAACAACGUUCGUGGGAUUCCCCAACACUGUCAAUUUAAGACCAUCGAACCUCGUCUCUGGUGUCUUCUCAGUCGGCUUUUCUUCAAAAUCUUUCAGAAACGGCUGAAGCUUGAGCUUACUUCUGCACAAAGGUAGCGAGGUUUCUGUUACGAAUCAGUAGAAUUGUUGGUCCUUAUUUCGAAACCAGCAACUGUUCUUAGGUCAUGCCAGAGACUCUCAUGUCAUUAUCAACGUCAACCUUACUCGAGCGUCGCCGAUCAUCACUUUCUCCCCCUUCCUCUCCCCCAGCCGAACGAAGCAAAACACAGCCCUCAGUCACUCCCGUCCCUUCUGCAACUCUUUCAGUUUAUCCCUCCCCCUCAUCCAUGAGCCUUCCCACUGUCCCUCUCAAGGACGUUCCUGCUGAUCAGUCUCAAGAAGGAGGAUUACAACCUUCAUCUCAACGCUAUCACCCCCCUCCUCUUCUCCCAAGGAGAGAGUCAUUCCAUUGCUCUAAUAACAGACCCCAUCCACCGCCUUUUCGUACUGCGCUGAGUUCAUUAGGGCCGAUGACGACCUCCAAUCUCAUACUUGGUACUCCCACAGAAGAGAAGGCAAGCCCAAAAUUCAGUAUUAAAAGGGGUAAAGAAGAAAAAGUGGACAAAGAAGAGUUGACCACCAAAGGAAGAAAAAGAAAGAGAUUAGCCAAGGCGUGUAGUGCCUGUCAUAAAAACAAGAGAAGGUGUGAUGGUUUUGCCCCCUGUUCCAACUGCGAGUUUUCCAAUAGACCAUGUCAAUAUCUCAAUGCGCAAGGGGAGCCCAUUCCGCCACCACGGACCCGCGACCCUUCCAACAACACCUCGAGCAAGGGCAAAGACGACUGCAAAGCUAGCAGUGCCGAUGGGAGUGACAUCGCCAGUCAGGAGGAUAGGCGAGAAAGUGGGGAGAGCAACCAGUCGCUGCGAGAUGGACAAAUGGACCCUGAAUCCGAAGUGGACAGAAAGCCAUCCAUUGGUCCACUCCAGGUUGUAGACAUGGAUGUCUCACUGGGCGCUGAGCUUGUGGACAUCUUCUUCAAGCGUUGCUUGCCUUUACCAUUCAUGCUACACGCGCCAACUUUCAAUUACCGCCUUUAUCUCAACCAGGUCUCGCCCAUCUUGCUCGAUUCCAUGUACGCGUUUGCCGCCCGACUAUGCGAAAACCCGUUUUUUCUACAAACAUUUCCCCCAAAUCACCCCCCCCAUUUGCGGGGUGAACUCUUCGCACUUCGUGCUCAUCGUAGCGCAGAAAACUUGAUCCAGCAGCGCAACAUAUGGAGUGAAGAGACUCGCCGGGCCGACCGAGGGUCAUGGCAAGAGACGGAGUUAGCUCAAGCAGCCUAUCUGUUGAGCGUCUACUUCACUUGUCUCCGUGAACCUAAGCUUGGUCUUUUCUAUCUUGAUGCUGGGGUCGAUAUUCUUCGUCCAUCACCCGCGACUUAUAUACAACCGCCAGCCGCGCCGACAGGAGCGAGUCCUAUAGAGUAUACAACUCACAUGGAGUGCCGAACCCGCACAUUCUGGGCCUUUGUAUUGCAUGACCUGUGCGCGGCCUCCAAUGGUAGGCCAAGGAAACUUGGAGAGGUAGAUUUGGGAGCAAUUCCUUUACCAGGAACAGAAGCCCAUUGGGCCAGAUGGGGUGGUGGAGGCAUCGGGGGGAGAGAGCCCGGCAGAAGGGAUGGCUUGAUCGCGGGCACGGGGAAUUGGCUCGGCGAAGAGGGAGCUGUAGGGGAGAUAGGUAACGUCAUUCGGAUUCUUUCCAUAUUGGCAGACAUUAUGUCUCUUGCGACUGAUCCUAAUGCUGGUGACUCCAAACAGACUCUUGCUGCCAGACUUGAGGCCGCUCUCAAGGCCUGGGCGAUGGCCUUACCCUCGCACAUGCACUUCAACGAGCCAAACCUGACCAUGGCCGUCUCCAAACUGUCAUCUCCAGUGGCCGAAAUUAAGACGUCAGGAUGGAUGUAUGCCUACAUGCAUGCUGUCGCCGAGUGUGGGAUGUUUUACCUUCAGGCAGCUGUGGCACCGGUCAGCGACGGCGUGUUCACGGCUAGGAGGCAAAGUCAAGCAAUUGAAAAUCUAAUCGUCAUCAUGGACGCCAUCAAUCAAACAGGCCGCGAAGGGUUUAGCUUCUUAUUCCCCCUACUCGUCAUUUCUAACUGGCAGGAGCACCUUGAGAAAUCGGACCUUCUUGUCAGAGACGUAAAACAUCAUCUGACUGAGGAGCGUCUCAACCAUUGGUGGUCGGAAAUGGCUCGGGAAUGGGGUGUCGAACGACAUGACGUUCUCAGGCGUGGAUUUUAUAUUCUGCCCAUAUCCCCUGUUGUACCACAACGAAAAUAUCGUUAUUCGCAGUCUUCGCAUCCCGACCGCCCUUUCCUGGCAACUUCAAGUUUGGGACUGUACCAAGCGUCGCCUCCGAACAGGAUUUCUUUGGAAUCUGCUGCUACUACUUCACCUACAUCAACAGCGGCAAUUCCUGUUACCACUCCCAAUUUCAAUCGUACGUCUCGCUUCAACCUUCCCACCUUGCCACCUCUUCGGCCCCGCGCAACCUCUGGUGCGAGUGUCUUGUCCAACUAUUAUGGCCGCUCGCCUUCUCCUCCGCUCCAUCUUCCCUCUGUUGCAUCAGCAUUAUCAGAUCGAGGAAGUGACAAGGAGCACGAGCGAUUUUCCCUCCCGUCGAUCUCCUCAGAGCUACGUUAUCGUGAGCCUUCAAGCCCCCGUCACCCUCUAUCCCAGAGUAUUAGUUUAAGGUAUAUCCCGAAGCAGCACCCUUAUGUGCGCGAAAAACCUCGAUCACCCAGAAGGAGCAUAAGUGAGAGGGAUAUGCGAGACGGGGACCAUAUUACCGGGAUUGCGGCAUUAGUAACAGCUGCCGAGCGAGAAAGAGAAAGAGAGUCAGGAGGGCAGAAUAUUCGCUCGUAAAGUUGAAAAGGUUCUUUGUCUUGGGCUCUUCGAAUUAACCAUGUGGGAGAUAUUGUAAUUUAGCCUGUGAUUUGUUGAAAUUAAAACGCAAAGAUAUGUAAAACCAGCUAUAACAUUUGGAGAGGAGCCAAAAAUAUGAUGAUGGAUGUGUCAACGACU